AUGGUGAUCGAAUCCAAUUUCGUUCCCACAAGCAUAUACAAUGCGAAGGGGGCGAAUAUAACGAGCCUUGAACUAAGGCAUGCGAAAUCUCGGAUCGAGCUGCGGGGAAAGCAAGCCUUUUGUUAUUAUGAGCUCACAUUUUGGCCUACAGAAGAGCAGGCAUCAAAGAAAUCAUAUUCAAAGCCGCCACAAGGCGAUGGUUCAAUUUUCUCCUCCCCAAAAAACUUCGGCACUGAUAUUCUCUCCUUUCGCGCCGAGUAUAUAAAAGAUGAAAAAGUCUUCCAUGUUGUCAAAGAUUGCAUCAGAGACCGAAUGGACACUCACGAAGCAAGACCUUAUCUGGACGCGCUGAAUGAAGGAAUGAUUGACGGAAUUCAUGAAGCAAUGGGCGUGACGGAUUGCUACAACGACAAUUUUAAUUUUGUCAUGGGGCCGAUGAAGGAAGGGACAGAAAGAAUUGUCAUUCAUUUAGAAACUGUCGAACAAUUACAAAUGAUCAAUGGAGAAUUUCAACUUGUGCACCCUUUUUAUCUCUUUGGAACGAAGGAAGAUAUAAAUGAGCGAAACGACAUAAAAAUCUGCUGCAAAGAAGAUGUAGAAAUCAAAGCAAAUGCGUAUGUCAAUAACUGUAUUAUGAAAAACUGCGUGAUCGAGAUGAUGGAGGGCAAAAACUUCAACUUCGAAUUCAAAUUUCACCUCGAAGACUAUCCAAAAGUCGGACUUCGCGAAGCGCCGAGCACUUACAACGCAAGAUUGGCGAUAAGAAUAACACAAAAAUCAUUCGGACCUGAUUCCUGGGUGGAAAACUUCAGCGCGAAUGAAGAAGAUGGGAAGAUACUAAGCAUGAACAUUCAAGCGAAAGAAUUAUUGAAGAAGAUGAAAGUUGAAAAAUCAACGAAGAGAAAGAGAUUCGUAACGCUGAUUGUUUCUCGGUCGGGGUCUUUGCAUGGCGAUGUCAUUAGAAAUAUUAUUGGUGGACUAAGACUACUGAUUAAUGACCCAAAUCUUAACGACGGCAGAACUUUCAUGAGAAUCAUCACUUACGGCCAAACAAACAACUGGACCCCUGAGAAUCUCAUCCCAAAGCUUCAAAAUGGAUCUGAAUGGUUUCAACCCGUCAAAGAUUAUGAAGAAAUCGACGCAACUGUUAAAACAAUGGACGCGAACAUUGGUCGACCUUUUAUCAGAGAGAUUCUAGAGCGCACCCUGGAAGAGCAGACGAAUGAUAAAAACUCGGAACAUGAGGCAGAAAGAAUCUUUUUCGUUAUUGGGGAUCAGCAAUUUGGCUGGAAAGAUGGAGAAGAUGAAGGGAAACAGAACUUGGAGGAGCUCGUCAGGCGGAAAACGCAAGAGGCGAAUGGGAAUUUGAGAAUCAACCCUAUUUUCGUUGGACCUAUCAUCGUUGAUUCCAAGUGCUUUAGGGAGAUGGCAAGAGCUGGCAAUGGUCAAGUUUUGCAUUUUUCAGAAAAAGAACGCUUCCGUGAAAAAAUCGCCUCCGUCAUCCCUUAUUACAUCAACAACUCCGAGUUCAAAAUCACGAACGCCGAGAUCAUUAACAAAUCCGACUCAAAAGACAAAAUCGAAAUCAUCUCUGGCCCCGGUCAGAAUUUAAAGAAACUAUGGAAUGAUGAACGACUGAGAAAAUGGGUUUAUUCAGGCUUCAAAAAGAAGUUGCCAAGAGAUUCAGAUGAGCUCAAGGAUUAUUUUGAAAAUUAUUUGAAGGAAGAUUGGAAUCAAAUAACGGAUGUUAUUGACAACGACAGAAUAAGCUUUCAUUUUAAACAAGAAAACCACCAGCAAGAUCUGUCCAAAUACAGGCUUAAACUCACGUGGGAAGGCAAUAUCGAAACAUCACAUGACUUCCCAACCGAAUCUCUUUUGCGACCCAAGAACUCGAAAAAGCUUCAUAAUUUCCAGCAGCUCAGAUGGUUUGGAGCAAACGGCCUCAAUCUUCAAGGACAACGUCAACUUGCCAUUCAUACCGAAACAUUCCUCGAAAACAACGCCACCCACUGCGCACUCAUUCAAAAUGGUCGAGGUCCACCGCCCCCAGCAGAUCCCAAUGAUGUUCGUCAACUGGCGCUCAUGCACAAUUACCAAGUUUCAACCGGUUACAAGCCUCCUACUGAAAAGCCGUCCUUCUCUUUCGGAGGUUUUGGCAGGCCGAAGCCGAAGCCAAAAUGUAAUGGCAUUAAUGACGGUUCUGAAAUGCUUGAAUUGAACAUGCCUUGGCGCCGACAAAGAUCCGAUUAUUUUGGCAAACUGAUUUUCAACGCUGACGAAAACGCUCACUGGCAAAAUGCCCCUGGAGAACCAGCAUAUAUGAUCAGAAAAAGAUCGACACUUGAAGAGUUGAGCGAAAUCUGGCUCGAUAUGAAUGAAGAGCAAUUCAAAGAAUUCCACCAAAGCCCGGACUUCAAAUUUAAAGAUGAUCAUGAAGCAAUCUCGAUUCUCAUUUGGACGUGUUUCUAUUUCUGUGAGAUAACAGAGAGAGAAACGUGGAGUAGGAUAAUCCACAAGGCCAUCGAAUACCACAAAGGAGAAGAUAAAUUCAUCAAUCUACUAGAAAGAACACAGCAAUAUCUUCUUGAUAAUGACCUUUGGAAACGGUCCGAUCGCAAUAAAAUCACAGAAGCAUAA